AUGGCCGACACAGAGGAUGCGGGCGCAUCGUCCGUCGCGGAACCUUUAGAUCUGGUGCGCCUGUCGCUCGAUGAAAUGGUCUUUGUGAAGCUGCGCGGUGAUCGCGAAUUGCGAGGUCGCCUCCAUGCAUACGACAGUCACUGCAACGUUGUGCUGGGGGAGGUGGAGGAGACUAUUUACGUGGUAGAGGAUGAUGAGAACGGUGAAGAGACCAUCCGGACAAUCAAGAAGCAGGAGGAAAUGCUGUUCGUCCGAGCAAUAAUGCCACCAGUUGGUCCUAAAUCGACGCUCGACGAGCGCCGAAGGGGUGAAGUGGCUCUCAGUGAGUUCGCGGAGUGGGCGGAGAAGCAGCAAAGCCAUCGAUCUGCACAGGUCGCACCCAGCGACAGCGGCUACUCGACUGCCAGUGUGUCCCGAGUCAACGAAGACCAUGCCGAAUUGGACAUCCUCGACCAGCUUUCGCUGUCCGACGCUCCUAAAACUGCCAAGUUGAAGGACUUAUUACUGAAUACGGGCGACCAGACGGAUGAUAGUCUACAGCAGCUGGCUGGUCUUUUGCAACUCCGAAUUGAUGAGGGACAUGGAGAAACCGUCUUUGACCUUGGACUCGAGGAUGGCGGCGAACCGAUGGGAUUUGACCUCGCUCAAUGGAAUACGGCUUUGCACCGCACACGAGAGGCCGCGGAGACUCUUCCAGCGCACUGUCGCAUCCUCCUCACCUACAAUGUAGGUGGGCCGGAAGAGUCGCCGACCAAGAAUAGCCGAAUGAAAGAUGCAUGGGGAAAGAUUCUUAUCCGACAGCCAGCAGACACAGUCGAGGAAAUGGCUGAGCUUCGCGUCGCAGUUGUUGGAAAUGUGGAUGCUGGAAAGAGUACCAUGCUUGGGGUUCUGGUCAAAGGAAACCUGGAUGACGGGCGUGGCAAGGCUCGACUCAACCUAUUCCGUCAUAAGCACGAGGUUGAGAGCGGACGGACUAGCUCUGUCGGGUUGGAGAUUAUGGGCUUUGACAGCCAUGGUGAGAUCGUCAGCAGUGCUCAAGGCCGUAAGAUGUCUUGGGAAGAUAUUGGGAGAAAAUCCGCCAAAGUAAUCUCUUUCUCCGACUUGGCUGGCCAUGAACGUUACUUACGGACUACUGUCUUUGGCAUGCUAAGCAGCAGCCCUAACUACUGUCUACUGAUGGUUGCAGCUAACAACGGUCUAAUCGGAAUGAGCAAAGAGCACUUGGGCAUUGCAUUGGCUCUGAAUGUGCCCGUCAUGGUCAUCGUCACUAAAAUCGAUAUCUGUCCUCCUCAAAUUCUACAGGAGACGCUUAGCCAGUUGAACAAGAUUCUCAAAUCACCUGGGGCUCGUAAGAUUCCCGUUUUUGUGAAAGACAUGGAUGAAACUAUCAACACGGCUGCGCAGUUUGUCAGUCAACGGAUCUGCCCUAUUUUCCAGGUAUCCAAUGUCACCGGACAGAACUUGGACUUGGUGCGGACGUUCCUGAAUAUUCUCCCUCACCGUGGCCAGUAUAACCCAGAUGCGCCUUUUGAGUUAUUGAUUAACGACACAUUCUCUGUGCCUCACGUGGGUACGGUGGUGUCAGGGGUGGCCAAGUCCGGGGUUAUCCAUGCUGGUGACACGGUGCUGGUGGGCCCUGACUCUCUCGGUCAGUUCACGACGACAACCAUCAAGUCUAUUGAGCGCAAGCGCAUUCCGGUGAACGCCUGCUUUGCGGGGCAGUCUGGCUCCUUUGCCCUGAAACGGGUCCGACGAAAGGAGGUGCGCAAGGGAAUGGUUGUGCUGAAGAAGCUCGAGCAGGCCCCUAAGGUUUACCGAGAAUUUGUUGCUGAGGUUCUCAUUCUUUCUCAUGCCACCACCAUCAAGCCCAGAUACCAGGCGAUGCUGCACGUAGGAGCAGUCAGUCAGACAUGCUCUGUUAUCGACAUUGACCGUCCUUUACUUCGAACCGGUGAUCGCGCUUUGGUCGCUUUCCGUUUCAUUCAGCGUCCUGAGUUUCUUGUUCCUGGAGACCGAGUUCUCUUCAGGGAGGGAAAGACCAAGGGGCUAGGGAUCGUCAAAAGUGUUGGAUACGACCCGGAGCAUCCUCUGAACCCGGAAACGAAGGAGACAGGGGGAAAGCAGCCGUCUAGCUGA